UUUUUUUUUUCUUCUUCUUCUUCUUCCUCCUUAAAUAAUUUAAAUAAUGCAAACCAUUAAAUGUGUUGUAGUUGGCGAUGGUGCUGUUGGAAAAACAUGUCUUUUGAUUUCAUAUACGACCAAUAAAUUCCCUUCUGAAUAUGUCCCUACUGUGUUUGAUAAUUAUGCUGUUACGGUCAUGAUUGGAGAAGAACCUUAUACUUUAGGUUUAUUUGAUACUGCAGGUCAAGAGGAUUAUGAUCGUCUUCGACCUUUGUCAUAUCCUCAGACAGACGUUUUUCUCGUCUGCUUUUCAGUUACUUCACCUGCAUCUUUUGAAAAUGUCAAAGAGAAAUGGUUCCCUGAAGUUCAUCACCAUUGUCCUGGUGUUCCUUGCUUAAUUGUAGGUACACAAAUCGAUUUACGUCAGGAUCCUGCUGUUUUGGAGAAACUUACAAGACAAAAACAAAGGCCUAUUACUUUUGAUGCUGGUGAAAGAUUAGCUCGUGAACUAGGCGCUGUUAAAUAUGUAGAAUGUUCUGCACUGACACAAAAAGGUUUAAAGAAUGUUUUUGAUGAGGCUAUCGUUGCUGCACUAGAACCUCCUGUUAGAAAGAAGUCAAAGAAGUGUCUUGUUUUGUAAUCCUUUUAUAUAUACAUUUAUAUAUAUACAAAUAUACACAUUAUUAUAUAAUCCCAACUUUUAUCUCUUUCUCUCUAUUAUUAUUAUAUAAAUUUAUUAUUCAAUGACUCAAGAUAAAAAAAAAAACUAUAUAUACAUAAAAGAACAGGGUUACAUCAAAUAAAAACUAGCAAAAAGUGAAUUGAUAGUAAUACUCGUGAUCUUUCUUUAAAUAAACUUCUUUAUGGUAAAGCUUUCAGCAGACUACUGCUGCUAUUAUUA